GAGGAAGACGAGGGAGGAGGGGGAAGGAAGGGGGUCCAAUGAUGGCGAGAAUUAAUUGCCUCCAGCGUGUGAUUGGCUGCCGACGCUGCAGAAGAGGAGCGAGCGGGCGAGCGGCGUGAAAAGGAGACGGCUAGUCCUCUUCGUUAUCAGCAGUAGCAUUUGGAUCGGAAACCUCCGAAUCCCGACUGGCUUUGCACGCGCAUCGGCAGCAUAUUUAUUUCUGGAGGGAGCGGGCGGGGGCUUUGGCCAUGAAAGCGCUGCCCAGGCGAGGAUGAGUGUGCGGAGGGAGAAUCAAUCAGAGGCAGAUUCACCUCAACAUCUGGAGGAGGCUCGGGAACAUCUGGAAAGGUGAGGAAUCCAAGGAUCUUUGGAGACAAUGGAAAUCCAACCAGGAAUAAAAAUGGAUGACGACGAUCUUUGUUUUUAGAACUGUCAUGGAAUCAUAUCACCAACACUGGAUUUCAAUUCUUCACUGGAUUGAAAAUGAACCUUGGAGUGAGAGCAAACUUGUUAAAAGUACACAAUAUUGUUCAUAAGUCCAACUUCCUGACUCGGCAAAGUUUGGUCUGCACUAUAGGAAAAGUGUUUGCUGCUAGUCAAAUGUUGCACAAAAAAAAUACACACUUAUGCACAAUAAUAAUGAACAUUUCAAUUGAUUUUUUUUCUUUCACGCUAAAAUGCUCAAGUGACUUUUUCACGGCUACCUUUUGGAACAACCAAUCACGUGCUCUUACUGGACGGCCAUCUUGAAGUUUUCGAACCUUUCACAACCUGGCGCAAGACUGCAAAUCAACCCACGAGGAGCAGCAGUAGGAGAACGAGGGCCAAUGUGCAGAUGAAAGACAAGGCAUCAUGGGCUGCAACAUGUGUGUGGUCAAACGUCCCGAGGAGCGCUACAAGGUCAUGUACCAGCAAAAGGGGUGCGGCGACUCCCUGCGGCCAAUGGAUCGACAUGGAAACGAAAAGGUGAAAGGAAGAAGGCGUUGUCACCUCCCGCCGGACAGACCGCUUAAAUCCCAGGAGCUUCUGCAGCGACCGGGGCCCAACAACAAAAGUCACCGAAGAAGAGGUCGCACAUUUCGCACGAUAAACAACCCGACCAGCACAAACGGCUCCUCCUUCACCAUGGUUGCGCUUCUGGAUAACGCUACACAGACGGACGUCAGUUUCCCGUGGCCGACGACAACUCCAGUCCUACCUCACGCCGUGGGAGAGUACGACUUCGAAUGCGUGUUUGACGACAGUGACGACUACUUGGAAGCGUGCCACCAUGACGUGGACCGGCCCAACGAGCUGGAAUAUGAGGAGGUGGAACUCUACAAAUCCCAUCAAGAGGAGAAGUUGGGCCUGACGGUCUGCUACAAAGCGGACGACGAGGAUCAGCUGGGUAUUUACGUCGGAGAGGUGAAUCCAAACAGCAUUGCUGCCAAGAACGGACGCAUCAGGGAGGGAGAUCGCAUACUUCAGAUCAACGGGGUAGACAUCGGCAGCAGAGAAGAAGCCGUCGCCAUCUUGAGCAGCGAAGACGGCGCCAUCUUCUCUCUACUGCUGGCCCGGCCCGAAAUGGAGGUGAGUCGCGAGCCGAGAGCAACAACUACACACGCACCCACGCACGACACCGCACUGUUAAUAAAAAUGAUCAAUGGAUUAGGAACCGAAAGAGAAUCGGACGACGGCGAGGAAGAUGACGAUGAGGAAGGAAACGGGGGGGCGCCACUCCCGCCUCUUCUUCAUCUGACGCCGCUACUAUCCGACAGCCAGGAUCUGGAUAGCGGACUGGGGCGCACAGACGAUAGCACACGCUACGACGAGUCCUCCGAGCAUGAUUUGUUAGGUGGCCCGAGCAGCGCCUGCAACACGGAUGCCGCCAACACGCCCGCAAGCGCACGCAAGUUCUGCCUGGGCCGCAGUCCGAGUCCACGACCCAGCCCCAAGUCGACCCCGAGUCCCGGCCAUGCCCGAGGAGAGACCUCACCUCCUUUUCCACACCUGCGGGACCUCCAGCUCAACUCUGACUCUCUCACUGCACCGGAUGGAAAUGGGACAUUGUCGACUAUAGAGCUCUUGCAACUUUGUGGGAACGCUUGGGGGAGCUUGCUUUUUGGUUCCCAGGAAACAACUAAGCUCUGCAAACAUUUGAACUCUCAGCUUCAGGCCCACAAGAGCCCAGUGAAUAGGAUGAUGGCGGGCCUCACAGAGGACGAAUGUCAGCGGUACCAGGAGCUACUGGAGAUCAGGUACCACUGCCAGAGGCAAUCGAGCAACAGACAAGAAGAAGAGGAGGAGAAAAAAGAUGACACGGAGAAGGUGUGGUCUUCUUUAAUGGACGUGAACAGCAACAUGACCAUGGGUGAACGUGAAAUGGCGCUCAUUGAGGAAGAACUGCGGCACUUGGCGUUCAAAUGGCGUAACAUUCUGCGUGCGCAGAAAAUGCAGCAGCUUCGCGAGAGAUACCUCCAAGCCUGGAUGAUGGAGGAGGAGACUGCAGGUCCGCCUGACGACAACAACAGCAUCCAGGGUGACGAUAGCCAUCACCACGAGUUGUCGGCCAUCAACGAACAACCGGAGCGUUCCAACGACGCCAAAGACAGCACCAGUGCUUACGGUAGCGGCGAGAGCUGCCGCGGCACGCCAUUGGUCAGCGCCGUGCUAAUCCCGCCUCCCCGGGAAGACGAAGCCCCCAUGUCCCAGUGGGAGAGACGCCACUCCAACCUCGGAUGCGGGGAUUGGGAUGGCGAUGUGGUCAACACUUUGCCCUCCGAGUUCAGAUUUCCGUCCAGAGAUUUGGGAUCACCAUCUCGACGAAGCAUGGCGGAAGGUGGGCAUGCUCCCAGAACAGGCAUGACCACCAGCACCACCACCAGGCCCAGAGGAGGAAGUGCAGAGUCCAGCCCCUUCCUGGCCCAGCGGCGCCAAAGCCGAUCCAAAGCAUUGGAGCGCUACCACAGCUGCAUGGCGCUGCCCUCCGAUGGUCUGACGGAGCCACUUGACGGGGAGCCGAGCGAGGACAGAGGGGCAGGUAAUGGUAGCGGCGGUCCGGCCGGCCCCCGCAGCGUGAUCAGCGCCCCCUGUGGUCUGGAAGACCGUCACGCAGCCUCGCGCUUGCGUCUGGCGCUACCAGCUCUGGCACAUUUGUCGCUGAGCGCCACAGGACAGCGCACGGAAUGGAAGGUGAAAAUCCGCAGCGACGGUACUCGCUACGUUGCCAAGCGACCGGUCAGAGACCGGAGGGCCGUGCAGAUCCGAGAGGAACGCGGCGGCACGACCACCGAUGACGAUGCCGCUGCGAGUGAGAUGAAACAGGGCCGCUACUGGAGCAAAGAGGAGAGGAAGCAGCAGCUGCCGAGGGCCAGAGAAUACAGACGGAGACGAGAGUUCAUGCUGCAGAGCCGCCUGGACUACCUGAAGAGCGGCGACAGCAGGGACGCAGCAGCUUCGUCGGCGAGCGGCACUGCAGAGCUCCCCGUUCGUCGAGACAACAUGGUGCCCCUGAGCCAGAAGAGGAUGAGCAGGAAGAGGAACCGCCGCAUUCUCCGCAACUGGAACACAAUCCAGGAGCUGUUGGCUCAAGGUUCACGCUCGCCUGACAGCAAGAAAAUCUUUAACCCUCUCCUUUCUUUCACCACUGUGUGAAGCGUGGAGGAUAGAUAGCGUUGCUCAAGCGCAGCAUCGAAUCAGAAGUGGCAAAAUGGACCCAUUCCUUCCUUGAUGAUUCACCAAAACACUGACCAAUGGUAGCGUGUCGGACUCCAGAUCACAAGGUUGCGUGUCCAAAUUAUGUCAGGGUCAUGGAUGUGGACAAUUA